AUGUCGUUCGGCUUCGGCAGCAACAACAACAAUACCUCCACAGGUUUUGGAGGGUUUGGCUCUGGCUCCGGCUCUGGUUUCGGCGCCAACAACAAUAACAGCUCCAGCACGCCCUCACUCUUCGGCGCCAACAACAACAAUACCACGACGGGCUCGACGGGCGGUUUUGGCGGUGGUGGUGGCUUCGGCUCUACCAAUACCAGCUCUCCGUUCGGUACGAAGCCUAGCGGCUUUGGUACGCCGGCCGCGACGAGUGGCGGGAAUUUGUUUGGAGGAAAUACCAGCACGAGUGGAGGAUUUGGAAGUGGAGGGGGAUUUGGCGCGAAUAACACCAAUACCGCGAGCUCGGGAUUCGGUGCUUCGAAUACUGGAGGAGGAAUAUUCGGUGCCAACAAGCCAGCAGCAAGCACAGGGUUCGGCUCGACCAACACUGGCUCAAUAUUUGGAGGUGGCGGCGCAAGCACAACCGGUGGUGGAUUUGGCAGCACGAACAACAACACCACGGGCGGCGGCAUGUUCGGCAGCAACUCCAACAAUACCAGCACAGGCUUCGGCGCAACCAACACGAACACGAGUGGUGGAUUUGGCGGAUUUGGCUCAUCAACCCCUGCGGCCAGCAACAAUGGUACGGCAGGCCCGCCUUUCCAAGCGACCACGGAGAAGGAUGGAACCUCGAACCAGACCUCGUCGUACCAAUCCAUUACCAUGCAGCAACCAUAUCAGGGCAAGAGCUUUGAGGAGUUGAGAGUAGAAGACUACAUGCAAGGACGGCGGUACGGCAAUACCAAUGGCCAGGCUGGUAGCUUCGGUCAGUCUACUGGGUUUGGUGGAAGUGCUUUCGGCAACAACCAAACACAGAACACAUCCAGCACACCCUCACUGUUUGGGGGCAAUAACCAGCAGCAGACAGGAGGCAGCUCGUUCGGUGGCUUCGGCAACACCCAGAGCACAAGCAACACCACAGGCGGAUUUGGCAGCACCAACAGUACGGGUGGUGGCUUGUUCGGCGGACAGAAGACCCUCGGAGGAUUUGGCGCCAAUCCGACAUCAAACACCACCACAGGUGGCUUUGGGAACAGCACGUCUGGCAGCACCGGUGGUCUCUUUGGCGGCACCGCGAACAACACAUCCAACACCGGAGGAGGCUUGUUUGGCGGCAACAACCAGCAGCAGAACAAGCCAGCAUUCGGGGGAUUCGGCUCCACGAACAACAAUACCCCGAGCUCGUUUGGCAACACUGGUACUGGAGGCGGAGGUCUGUUCGGAAACAACACGAAUACCAACACCAACACGACCGGAGGCCUCUUUGGACAGAAUCAGAACCAGCAGCAGUCAGGCAAUGCGUUCGGUGGUAAUGCUUCGACUGGAGGAGGCCUCUUUGGUGGUGCGCAGGCGCAGAGCAAGCCCGCGGGAGGUCUAUUCGGAGGCAGCACGACCAACAACAACGCAGGUGGUGGUGGUCUCUUCGGCUCAAACCAGAACCAAACACAGCAGUCUGGUGGACUUUUCGGAUCGACUCCACAGAACAACAAUGCCGGAGGUGGCCUUUUCGGAGGAACACAGAACAAGCCUGCGACUUCCAGCCUGUUUGGUGGCAGCACCGCAAACACGAGUACUGGCGGCGGCGGACUUUUUGGCGGAAACCAAGACCAGCAGCAGCAGUCUGGCGGUCUCUUCGGAGGCAGUCAGAACAAUGCCGGUGGAAAUUCUUUGUUCGGUGGCAGCCAGAACAAACCCCAGGGCUCUAGCCUCUUUGGCGGCAACAACAACACUUCCAAUACCGGCGGUGGCAGCCUUUUUGGAGGUAGCUUGGGUCAGAACAACCAGAACCAACAGAACAAUGCUGGCAGCAGCCUGUUUGGAAGUCUUGGCCAGAACAACCAAAGCCAAUCUCAAAACAACAACUCAAUGUUCGGCUCGAACUUUGGACAGAGUCAGAACCAGACGCCGCAGAAUAACCAGCUGCACGCCAGUCUGACCAUGUCCCCAUACGGCAACGACCAGCUCUUCGGCUCUCUGCAGCAGACGUCGACACCUGUUGGUCCUCUCGCCACACCGUUGAACGGGGCGAGGGCUGCUGCCUCCAAGACACCAAGCUUGCUAUCGAGCACGAGAUUGAACUCCCCAAUCUACACCCCAAGAGCGAGCACUAUGAACCGCAACGGCACUUACGGCCUCAGCUACUCUACCUACGGCACUCCGGGAUCUGCUUUCUCGACCAGCCUCACUCCAGCGCAGAGCAGCUUGUUGAAGCCAUCUGGUAGCCUUGGCAGUGCCCUCUCCAGUCGCCUUGCUAAGAGCAUGAGCAUGAACAACCUGCGUGGAGAUGGCACCCCUCAAGGUGACAGCCUGCUGCGUCCGGUUCCUGGCAGUGCUUCAAGCAAGUACCUUCAAUCCGGCAGCAUGCGCAAGCUCACCAUCGACCGGAGCCUUCGCAUGGAUCUCUUUGCCCCACCAGAGGAGCAGACACCCGGUGCUGAGAGAAAGAACAGCACUGUGCGUUUCACGGAGCCGGAGAAUUCCCCACCACCGACCGCCUCGCCAAGCGAGAACAAUGCUCUUGUACGAACUGAGGAGCCUGAAGAAGAAGAAGAGAGUUCGCCGGCCCUGUUACGCAGUCAACCAAAAGCCAAAGCACAGUCUAACGGCGCACCCGAGAUGCAACAGGUCAACGGUUCUUCUCUGUCUACCGUGCAGGAAGAUGAUGAAACGAGGCGCACGAAGUCUGCGCCUGCUACGAACCAGCCGUCAGAGAAGGUGCCGAAGAAGUCAGCUGGGGUGGGCGACUACUGGACGAAGCCUCCAAUGAAGGACCUUAGGAACAUGUCACGCAAGCAGUUGGAGAAGGUCGGCAACUUCGUCGUCGGCCGAGAAGGUGUGGGAUACAUCGAAUUUGGCAAUGUCGAUCUCAGCAAGACCGAGCUCGAAGACAUCUGCGGCAACAUCUGCAUCUUCAAGCAGCGCUCCGUCACUGUUUACCCGGACGAGAAAACCAAGCCACCAGUCGGUCAGGGCCUGAACGUACCCAGCACAAUCCACCUCGAGCACUCUUACCCCAAGAACCUGGGCACGAGAAAGGCUGUGAUGGCGGGUAGCGGGCCUGCUUACGACAAGCAUGUCAUGAACUUGAGGAAGACUCGUGGCACGAACUUCAAGAGCUACGACGCUCAAACUGGUGUCUGGACUUUCACGGUUGAGCACUACACAACGUAUGAGGUGGAAGACGACGAGACUGAGGAUAUGGAUAUCCAGCAUGAGACAAGCGCACUUAGCGAGCCUCCGGAAGAUGAGACGAUGCAGAGCUUGGAGUCAGCGAACGGAACCGGUGAGGUUGACGACACGUUCGAGUUCAAGAUCCAGAGCAGGCGAUCGCAGCAGUCGAACGCCUCUGCUGCUCCUGGCCCACACGUUCCUGGCGGGUUCGGUGGAUUCGAUGCUCCUGAUGAGUCUCGUUUCGUCACGAAGUACGACCCUGAGGAGAUGAUUACAGACGGAUUCGACGACGACACCAUGAUGUCUGGUGGCCUUGGUUUGAAUAAGCAGGAGGAUCCUUUCACUUCACCAGGCGGUGCGGUACAGGCUCCAUCUCCAGGUGCCUAUGAGCGCUACCACUCCAGUAUGGCGCUUGAUGAAGACACAGGUGCAGUUGAGAUUGCUGAGGAGACGCAGGACGAGCCCGAACCGGAGCCCGAGCUUCCGGGUUCUUUUAUUGAAGAACCCAAGCUACUGCGAUCGAUCCUCAAGCCGACACCUGGAUUCUCGACCUUCGCCUCGCCACAGAAGCUGGCUACCGACUCGUGGGAAGAUCAACUCCAACGCACGAUGAGCCCGAAAAAGCGUGACCGACAAGCACUCCGAGAUCGACAGCAGAGCGUUCUACGCGAGGAGCCCGAAGAAGUGAUUGAGAGUCCCUUCAAGCGCAGCAUGUUGGGACAGAGCACACUCAACCAGAGCCACCUUGCUCAGAAGAGUGCGAAGAAGGUUGGCUUUGGUGGCAGCACCAUGAAAGCCAGCACGGAUGGUCUGGGUAAGAGCCAGGCCUUUCGAACUUCAAUGGACAUCAUGAACUCGCUAUGGGCGCAAGAGAAGACCACCAAGAAGGCGCCCAGUGCUGCCAGAGGCUUUGAGAACCCAUACCCCAAGCGACAACGCCUUUCCGCCUCUGCCGAACUCAGCGAGCAAGACGCCAAUUUUCACAACGCCAUGAAGCCGUCCUUCAGCAGUAACGGAAUCCUGGUCUACUCCGUCCCUGGAUCCGUCCAAGAAGUCACCGAACCUUUGGCUCGCGCCUUGGAACCUCUGGUUGGCGAGCACAAGGAAGUUCGAUUUGCCCGAUUUGCACCGCCAGAUGAUAUCAACACACUUACCUUGAGUGUCCAGAAGGGCAUUACCGUAAUUGGCAAAGUCGAUGGAUUCCGUCAAGCGAACGCCCGCAGCGAUAUCAGCUUUCAGGACAUCAAGAACUCUACUGAAGGUCCCCGUGAGUCGGCCAUUUGGGGAGUUGCCGGGGUCCUGUUCGAUCCCGUCACUGUUGCCUGUACGCACCUCAUGCACGGCAUGUCGCCUGACGAUACCAUCAAAUAUGAACCCAGACUUCGCCAGGACGCCUUUGGGGAGCUGUGGGCUGGACACCUGUCUGCAGUCGCCGAUGAGCAAUUAGCACUGAAGAAGACUGCCGAAGAAAAGGCACUUCUGCUGUUGACGCUGAACAAGGUCAGACAGGCUGCAGAAAUCCUCACCGAGGCCAGGGACUUCAAGCUGGCGACGAUGGUAGCCCAACUUCCUGGCACACAUGACAGCCGCGACUUGAUGCAGAAGCAGAUCAAGGCCUGGGUCGAGCGCAAUGACUGGAGUGAGAUGUCGGAGCCUGUUCGAGCGCUGUACUCUAUCAUUGCUGGAGAGGUCUGCGCGGUUACUGGGAAGAACGGUCCGGCUGAAGAUCGUGCGAGCUCGUUCUGCAUCUCUGAGCGUUUUGGUCUUAACUGGAUGCAGAGCUUCGGCCUUAGACUUUACUACGGCGGAUACUUGAGUCUUGACGAUGCCGUCAAGGCGUACAGCAACGACCUUGCUGAUGGUCGUGAGAAAGUCUUGCCUACUCCAGGCUGGCAGGAUGUCGAUACGAAUGAUGGCAGGGAAGACACGCUGCUUGGCCUGUUACGGAUGUACGUUGGUCGUCCUGAUGCUGAGGCACUUUUCGACUCCAAGACUGUCUCUGGCGAUUCGACCAACUCCCGCAUUGCCUGGCAGCUCGCCACUAUCUUCGCGUCUAGAGACGAUGGCGCCCAGUUGUCCGACGAAAAGCUCGACCAACUCACCCUCGACUUCGCCGCUCAGCUGGAGAGUGCGAACUCCUUUCUCUCCGCUGUCUGGGUCCUGCUCUACGUCCGCAACCGCUCAACCCGCGAGCAAGCCAUCUCCGCAAUCCUCUACCGCAACGCCGACAAGAUUCCGGACUUCAACCCCCUCGAAGACACCGACGGCGUCUUCCACCUCCUGCACAACGACCUUCAGAUCCCAACAGAUCUCAUCUGGCGUGCCAAAGCACAAUACGCCCGCACGGUCGCCCGCAACCCCGGUGCCCAAGUCCUCUACCUCCUCAACGCCGGCGACACGGACCAAGCUCAUGAUGUCCUCUGCAGCACCAUCGGCCCGCAAGCCGUCAUCGAGCAAGAACACGAAGACCUGACCAACGUCCUCGCACGUUUCCCCGAUCACAAGCCCCAAGGCUGGGUUUCCGGCGGCGGUGUCUUUGAGGAAUACACCAAGCUCUGGAACCUUUCCACUCCGCGGAAGCAUACCCGCGAGGGACGCGAGGUCAUGGAGCGCCUAGGCCUCGGAUUGAGGGAGAUGAGUUCGCGAGAGGGGAAGAUGAGUGUAGAGGAGAAGGUCGCGGUUGUGGAGAUGGAGAGGGUGUUGAGGGAGGAGGUGAGGGCUUUGCAUGGGAGUGGUGAGGGACUGGUUGUUGAGGGGGUUGGUGGUGAGCAAGUUGAGGAGGGGAAGGGCAUGGAUGCUUUUGUUAGGUAUCGGGAGGCGAUGGGGGUUGUGGUUUGA